UGUCCUUUUUAGGCGUUUUUUGCGCCAUUGACUUUAGUCCUCCUGGGUUUAGUUGGUCAAUGGCGUAGUCUACUUCAGUUGCAAAAUUGCAACGCAUCUGAACACACCUCGUUUUCAGAGCAAGCAGGCCCAAAUGCAUUUGCUAUUUUAACAACGUGGCGUGGCGCUGGACGUGAAAUUAAUAACUCUGCUGGGCUGAAACUAGCAAAAUAUCUUAUUAUGUGAAAAAUAUUAAUUUGUUUUGACAGGUCUGUUUCAUCGAACACACAGGGAUCAAGAUUUUUUUUAUCUUCAGUAAAGCCCUUUAUGAAUUCGAGAAAUAAUUUCUGUUAUUCGACAAGUGAAGGUCCACUUCAUCAUAUGCAGAAUGAUUAAUGAAGACACUGAGGAUCAAACAGACCAAAUGGAACCGGAAGAAUCAUCAGCAUCAGGAUCAUCAUAUGAUUCCAUAAUGGCAGAAAAAACUGAUUGUUUGCCAAUCAAAAACACGUUUGCAAAAAGAAAGCAAAGAACAGAAGCCAUCAAAUAUUUUUCUUGUCUUCAUUGUGGAAAGGGGUUUAAAAGGAAAUCUUGCCUUGUGAAGCACAUGAUAACCCACACUGAAGAAAAGAUUUUCACCUGCCCUCAGUGCGAGAAAAGUUACAAAAGCAAAGAAUCACUUAGAGGUCACAUACGAAUUCACACUGGAGAACGUCCAUACACAUGUCUUCAGUGUGGAAAGAGUUUUAGACAGAAAUUUUGUUUUAGAAGCCACAUGAGAAUUCACACUGGAGAGCGCUCACAACCAUGUUCUCAGUGUGAAAAGACUUUUAGACAAAAACAAAAUCUUAAACUCCACAUGAGAAUUCACACCGGAGAGCGUCCAUACCCAUGUCUUCAGUGUGGAAAGAGUUUUAUGCAUAAACAUAGUCUUGAUUACCACAUGAGAAUUCACACUGGAGAGCGCUCGCAACCAUGUUCUCAGUGUGGAAAGAGUUUCUCAGAUCCAAGUAAUCUAAAACUCCACUUGAGAAUUCACACCGGAGAGCGUCCAUACACAUGUCUUCAGUGUGGAAAGAGUUUCACACACAAAAAUAGUCUUAAUAACCACGUGAAAAUUCACACAGGAGAGCGUCCAUACCCUUGUCUUCAGUGUGAAAAGAGUUUCAGAACCAAAGGUAAUCUAACGGUCCACAUGAGAAUUCACACCGGAGAGCGUCCAUAAAAAUGAGUUCAGUGUGGAAAGAGUUUCAAAGAUACAGGGCAACUAAAGGUCCACAUGGAGAGCGCUCACACACAUGUCCUCAGUGUGUAAGGAGUUUCAGACAAAAAAUGACACUACCCAUGUCUUCAAUGUGGAAAUUAGCUGAUUUGGCUGAAAAUGGCAAAAAGCUUGUUUCCAGACAUUUUAAAAUGCUUUCAGACUGCCAACAUAUUUGCUGCUUUAUGAAGCGACCAUGCCUCUAACUCUACGUAUAUGCUAUAUGUAUAUCGCAAUAGUGUGUCAGAAGCUGGUGCUAUGGGAAAACAAUUUUUUUCUCUCUGAUACUGAACCCUAUUGGUUAAUGUUUGUGAAAAUCACAGAACAAUGAGCAUGUGCAGCUACGCAAUGCUUGUUCCUGUUACCUCAGAGAACCUGGAUUAUGUGAAUAACCUUAUCAUUCCAAUUCGAUACAGUUUACUAUCGCGUUGCAUUAACGCUAUGGGAAAGUAUCCCAUCAUGCCAUGCCAUGAUGGACUUCUGCUGAGUUCAGACUGCACGAUUUUAGCCCUGAUUUUAACUCGCAGACAAAUGCCCGAAAUCAGUCAAAUCGAUGCUCGUGCAUGCGAAUCACACAGUGUGAAUUAUAACAGAUGCGUUCUGAGUAAAUCAGUGAGAUAUUAAUCAGGCUUAAAUAUCUGGACCUGUCGGCGAUUCCAAGUCAUGCUGUGUGAAAUGUGUUUUAACUGACAAUAACAUCGGCGAUAAUGAGAGAACAACAUACAGGGCAGCUGGAAGUUCGGGGAGGAGUCUCUCCAAAUAUUUCCUCCUCCAUAAUCUUUAUUUCUUCUUCUUUCUGCUGCAAAUGAGCGCACAUGCAAUUUUUAUGGUAAGCUGCUUGCGAGCUACCAUUUUAAAAAAUAAUUCCAGUCUCACAUGAAAACUCUGGUCUUGCACGCGUGACCUCGCGUUGUUUCCUUUGCGUCACUUCUCGCGUACGUUUGGUUGUGAGACGUAGUUUGCAGACCGGGACAAAGUUAUCAGCGAUUCUUCUUAUGGUAAAGUCAUGCAGUAUGACAACCCCUGUCGCCAAUCCAUCAUGCAGUCUGAAACGGCAGCGACUGAACGCUACCCCAGAUAAUCACGCAGUAAGAAAACAUCUGUGACCUGACUAUCAUGCAGUCUGAACUCGCCAUUAGAAUGCAUUUGAGCAGGAGAUCGAGCACUUAUGGCCCAUGUUAACCCAGUAGCAACAGUUCGGAGGUUUCAAAGCCCAUUGCUUUAAAGUAUAAUUAGCAUUUUUGCUAGGGGGAGGACAGGGACAUCAAAGCUACAAAAUCUAAUAAAGGU